CUUGCCAGUAUCUCUCUGCGGACAGAGCCUUCUCCAUCUCAAGGAUGCAAGCUGAGGAGUACAAUCGCAGAGGUAAGGAGUUGGUGGACUACAUCACAGAGUACCUGGGCUCUAUCAGGGAGAGGAAGGUGAUUCCAGAUGUGAAGCCGGGCUACAUGAAGGAGCUGCUGCCUGACAGUGCUCCUACAGAGCCAGAGGAGUGGGAGACUAUUUUCAAGGACAUUGAGAGAGUCAUCAUGCCUGGAGUGGUUCACUGGCAGAGCCCUCACAUGCACGCCUACUAUCCCAGUCUGACCUCAUGGCCCUCGAUGUUGGGAGACAUGCUAGCUGAUGCCAUCAACUGCAUUGGAUUCACCUGGGCCUCCAGUCCUGCAUGUACAGAGCUGGAGAUGAAUGUGAUGGACUGGCUAUGUAAAGCCCUGGGGCUCCCCUCCUUCUUCCUGCAUCAUCACCCUGACAGCAGAGGAGGAGGCAUACUACAGGGCACAGUCAGUGAGAGUACACUGGUGGCUCUGCUGGCUGCCAGGAAAGACAAAAUCCUGCAGCUGCGAGCUGAGCUGGACCAAGACGUGGACGACUCAGUCCUCAACUCACGACUGGUGGCCUACGCCUCAGACCAGGCCCAUUCCUCAGUGGAGAAGGCAGGGCUGAUCUCUUUAGUGAAGAUCAGGUUUCUGCCCACUGACGAGCAGUUUUCCCUGAGAGGAGACACUUUAAAACAAGCCAUCCAGGAAGACAGGAGCAACGGAUUGGUCCCUGUUAUGCUGUGCGCCACCUUGGGAACUACAGGAGUAUGUGCCUUUGACAAGAUAUCUGAACUGGGGCCAGUGUGUGCAGAGGAGGGCCUGUGGCUCCAUGUUGAUGCUGCGUAUGCUGGCUCUGCCUACUUCUGUCCGGAGCUGCGCUGGUCCCUCGAGGGCAUCGAGUAUGCACACUCGUUUGUCUUCAACCCCUCCAAGUGGAUGAUGGUCCACUUUGACUGCACAGCCUUCUGGGUCAAGGACAAAUAUAAGCUCCAACAAACCUUCAGUGUUGAUCCUGUUUACCUCAGACACGAGAACUCACAGGCGGCCACUGACUUUAUGCACUGGCAGAUUCCCCUGAGCCGACGUUUCCGUUCUCUCAAGCUCUGGUUUGUCAUGCGCGCGUUUGGUCUGAAAAACCUCCAGGCUCACAUCAGACAUGGUGUUGAGAUGGCAAAGCUCCUGGAAUCUCAGAUAAGGCGAGACCCAAUUUUCGAGGUUCCUGCUGAGCGGCACCUUGGCCUCGUGGUCUUCUGUCUGAAAGAAGGAAAUGAUUUGACCCAGGAGCUGCUCAGGAGACUGACACGGUCCGGCACCAUGUACCUCAUCCCUGCAGACCUCCACACCAAACGCAUCAUCCGAUUCACGGUGACCUCGCAGUUCACCACCUCAGAUGACAUCCUCAAGGACUGGGGCAUUAUCUCCAAGAUGGCUGCCAAUCUUUUGGCUGAGAUGAGGCCUCUGAGUAAGACAGAAGAGCCACAAGCUGGGGAGUAUGAGGCAAAGAGAGCAAAUGAGACCGACACAGGCAGAGUUAACCCCAACUCAGAGACAGAGCCAGAGUGUCCUGCUGCCAGGCUUGACAAGGCUCAGGUGGAGCUGUGGAUAGACAAGGCCUGGAACCGAUCAAGGAGGCCAAUUCGCUCCCUUAGCUGCAACAGUGAGCCUCUGCCUUACACUAACACUGGGCCGUUGUCCGUCUAUGACUUUGAACCAAGAUGUGGCACUAAAGACCCCACACCAUCCCCCUCCAUGAUGGAUGUCAAGUCAAGGCCGCUGCCUUCACCCACAGCGUCGGGCCCCCUCUUCAAGAUCCCAGAGAUGCCUUCAAGUCUCCUGGGUAAACAGGUCCUCAAAAAGCUGACCAAGUUCUACAGCGUCCCCAGUUUCUACAAUCAGUGGGUGCAGUGCAGUAGGUACCAACUGUGCUGCCCACUGAGGGCUCCCGAAGUUGCUCAGCAACAUUUCUCUUCCACCUGCAGAAGAAUGAGCUGCAUGUCUUCCUCCCCUGUUACGAGUACAGCUCCCUCCCCCACUCCCCUGGAAGCCACCAAUGUGCAUAAACUUCUGUGACGAUCCUGUGCAU